AAGAAAUGUUUCGAUGAUAAAUGGGUGGCUGGGGGGUGUUCUUGGCAUCUUCCUCAUUGUUUUAGUGGGCCUGUGUCUGUACGAUUACGAUGUUGCCCGUGUGCUGAAGACAAAUAUGUGGAUUAUUCGUUAGAGUCAAGAUGUGGAAGGGAACCCCAAAUGUCUCUUUGAGUGACAACUGGGUGUGAUUUACCAGAAGCCACAUUAAGGACCCUGAAACAGGACAGUAACUGCAACCUCAUACAGACCGAGCCAUGCUGGAAUACUACCAGACAUUAGGAGUCCAGAGAAAUUCAACGCAAGAUGAUAUCAAAAAAGCUUACAGAAAAUUGGCAUUGAAGUGGCAUCCAGACAAGAACCCAGACAACAAGGACGAAGCGGAGAAAAGGUUCAAAGAGCUGUCAGAGGCAUAUGAAGUGCUCUCAGAUGAAAACAAGAGGAAUACUUAUGACAGAUAUGGCAAAGAAGGCCUGUCAGCAGGAGGUUGUGGAGGAGGAGGAGGAGGCCAUUAUAAACACUUUGGCGGCGGCGGCGGCUUCACAUUCCGUAAUCCUGAUGACGUUUUCAGGGAAUUCUUCGGCGGCAGAGAUCCAUUUGCAGAUUUUUUUGCCGAUGACCCCUUUGACAACUCGUUCGGACGCAGUCACCACAGAGGUGCAACCCAAGGCAGGAUGGGGGGGGGAUCGCUCUUCGGUUUUGGGAGCUUCCCAGCGUUUGGACCUGGCCUCGCAGGGUUCGAUUCAGGUUUUGGCUCAUUUGGAAACAUGGGUGGAGGAGGAUUCACUUCCUUCUCUUCUUCAUCCUUUGGCGGCGGCAGUGUUUUGGGGGGAGGAGGAGGAGGAGGAGGAGGAAUGGGUAACUUCAAAUCUGUGUCGACCUCCACCAAGUUCAUCAACGGCAGAAAGAUUACUACGAAACGGAUUGUGGAGAACGGCCAGGAGCGGGUGGAAGUGGAGGAGGACGGUCAGAUAAAAUCUCUAACAGUUAAUGACAUCGCAGCCGAAGAGCCCUUGGAGGAAGAGUUUCGUCGCCGCAGACAGAACACACUUCCUGUCCUGCACCAGCGCUACCUGAGGAACUCUGCCCAACACCCCUCGGAGGAAGAGGAAGAGCACGGCCUUCAGAGCCUGGGACUAACGAGAGGACACAUGGACACGAAGAGGAAGAAACUGUGGCUAAAGGACGCAGAGUCGAAAAAGAAAAGGGCUCCUCGACAUUUCCCUCGGUUUGGUGGACUUGGCGCCUUUUAUUAAACGUAUAUCAUAUAUAUAUUUGUUUGCAGAAGUGCCAUCGAUCAUAUGUGGCAUUAGUUCACUGUUGCGCCGUAUUUCCCCAUGUCUAUCAGUUGCAAGCGCAGAGCAUAACUCCUGCCUGCUUUCAUGAGCGGUAGCCUGCAGAGACCUCACUUCAAUGUUUUGUUAUGUCCGAGAUACAUUUUUAGUAGUUAAGCCUUUGUUAUUGCUGUUUUUACUGUGGGUGGAUCAUUCAGCAUUCUAAUUAAUCUCUUAUGUUUGAAUCUUUCCUCUUUUUACUGCACAUGUUUUCAGAAAAUGUGUUCAGGUGGAAGGAGAAUUACUGGAGCAGCCUUGUUUGUGAUAAGCGUGUACUGCAGUAACACUGUGUACCAUGUGAGAAUAAGUGAAGGUCAAGCUAUUCAGCGGGAGAGGGACGUCUUGGGGAUGUGAGUGUAAAGCAGAAUGAAAGCAUUGAGUGAGUUUUAUUACAGAAAUAAAACUAGAGAAAAUCUGCAUCGGGAUCACACCAGUUGCGAUGCCAAAUCGGACCAAUGGCCCCUUCCCCACUUGCUACCCCCCCUACCUUCCGGCGCCCAUGCUUGGACCACGGCCAUCUUCAAACUGAACCUUCACUUUGUUCUUAACGACAUAUCUGUAAAGUUUCUUGACUGCAUCUUGCACGGUUGCGACGCUAUCGGGAUCGCAAAAUCUGUCCACAGACGUAAACACCUGGUAAUACCGCUUCUGUGCUGCUACAGUUGGUUUUUCCAGCAGCACAAUUUUCCAUGAUUACACACACACACACAGACUCACAAGGUGACAACAAUACCAGCUUCACUGGCAAUGAACAUGUUCUGCUCACUCCUCCAUCUCACAUGAAAACUGACAUUCAACGCUCUGGCAGCAACAUUAGCAACUCUUAUAUCACGACUCCCACAGGCUGACAAAUAGCGAUUAAACCCUCUGAAAUUUGUUUAAUUUUUUUCUUUGUACUGAUUCGGCAACUUGUUGAGCUUUCAAAAUUGUUUUUGUAAAAGAGUUUGAAAACAAAUGAAGGUUGACCUGUUGUUCUCAUGAUAACUGUAAGUGGAAAUGUAGAAACGUCUGAGAAAUGUUCAUUUUUUAUGGACUCCUACCAAUAAAUGCUUAAACAGAAACGUAA